UACGACGUCAGGCCCAGGCCGCCGCCGCGGGGCCUGGUUAUCGCCGGUUCAGCGCAGCCCGGAGUCGCCCAGGCCUGAACUCCUACCCAGGUCCCAGACCCCGGCCCCAGGCCCUCGAGGACACGGAAGGCCACCCCUAGGGGGUGGGGAGCGGAGCCGCGGGUCAGCUCUGCGAGCGUCCCGCCUUGGCCAGUCCGGCCCCGCCCCCGCCCCGGGCCAUGGCCCAGCCCUUAUCCCGGCCCCUCAUCCUAUCCCAAUCCCAGUCUUGGCCUCCGGCCCCGCCCUCGCCCCAUUUCCCAAAUCUGUCCCAACCCCGGUCUGGGUCCCAGCGAAUGCCAAGGUCCGGGUCCCAAUCGAGGGCCCCCCUCCAGUCCCAGUCCUUGUCCCUGGCCUGGCUCUCAUCCCGGCCUCGGCUCUUGUUUAACCCUCUGUCACAAAUUGUAGCCCAGCCUUUGCCCCCACCCCAUUCUCAGGGUUCGCUUAAGUCCCUGACCCAACCUCGGCCCUUGCUCAGGUCCCCAGCACAGUCCCACCUUCCAUCACACCCCCUGCCCUUAUUCAAGCCCCAGUCCUCAGCUCAGCCCAAUCCAUUAUCUCAGCCUUUGCCCUCAUCUCUGAGUUUACCCAAGUCUCUCCCGCUGGCCCCCCGCCCCUCUCAUACUCUGCCCCUCUCCCAGCCUCGACUCAGGUCUGGGCUCCAGCUGCCGCCAGCCCUAUUGCUGUUGUUGCUGUUCUCUGUCCUUGGUCCAGGGGCUGGAGGCCUUUUCCUGACUGAUUACUCUACCUGCUCACCCCGAAAGCUGAGUCCUUUUCGCUCCUUUGCCAGCACCGAGCUCUUCCACUUCCAUGUCCCUGAAGACACAUUCCUGGCAGUUUGGAACCUCAUCAUAUUCAAGGAGCAGGGAGGAACCUUUGGAGAUCACUGCCCAGAUCAAAGUGUGACUGUGUAUUUCCGGUCCGGGGCACCCCCUGUCAUCAAUCCCCUGCAUACACACUUCCCAGGGGACACAGCUGUGCCCGGGGUUUUCUCACUGACCCUCAGCUGGACACUGCCCAACCGCACCUCAGGCAUCUUUAACGUCAGCAGCCCGUUACCUGGGGACUGGUUCUUGGCUGCCCACCUUCCCCAGGCGCAUGGCCACAUCUCUGUCAAGGGUCUCCAGGAUGAGUGUCAGUAUCUCCUUCAACCGCAGCUGAUUGUUCGGCGUUUGCUGGACGUGGCUGUACUGGUUCCUGGCCGACCCUCAGAGCAAACCCUUUUUCCACACAAUCGCUCAGCCCUGUACAAGGUCUUUGUGCCCAGCUUUACUUACAGGGUUUCAGCGCAGCUGGUGUGUGUGGGGGGCCGAGGGGUGUCUGCCUGCCCUCUGACACUGCGCCUACGUCCCAAGGCCCCACCCUUGCACAACUCAAGCUCCGUGGCCUGUGGAGGUACCUCAGUAUGCCAGCUGGAGCUGGCACUGCCCCCCUGGGGGCACUGGGUCUACGUGCGUGUGGAGACAUCAUAUCGGGGCCCUGGCAGGACCAUCCGCUUCCAGCUAUGUGUGUGGCUACAAGAGUGCCCACAGCCCAGUCUGUCCCGUGCCCUGGUCCCUGGAGCUGCUAUGAACAUGCCUCAAUCACUGGGCAACCAACCACUUCCUCCAGAGCCACCAUCCCUGAGGACUCCUGCAGAGGGGCCUGAGGCCACAUCUCCACCUGAGCACUGCUGGCCAGUGCGCCCGACUCUGCGCAAUGAGCUGGACACCUUCUCCGUCCACUUCUACAUCUUCUUUGGACCCAGUGUGGCUCUUCCACCUGAGCGCCCAGCUGUGUUUGCCCUGAGGCUAUUGCCAGUUCUGGACAGUGGAGGUGUCCUCAGCUUAGAGCUCCAGCUCAAUGCGAGCUCUGUGCGCCAAGAAAAUGUGACAGUGUUCGGAUGCCUGACUCAUGAGGUGCCUUUGAGCCUGGGGGAUGCUGCAGUGACCUGUUCCAAAGAGUCCCUGGCUGGCUUCCUCCUCUCAGUCAGUGCCACCUCCAGAGUGGCCAGGCUACGUAUCCCAUUUCCACAGACAGGGACCUGGUUCUUGACUCUCCGCUCCUUGUGUGGUGUAGGGUCUCGGUUUGUGCGGUGUCACAACGCAACUGCUGAAGUGCGGCUGCGCACUUUCCUGUCCCCGUGUGUGGAUGAUUGUGGACCCUACGGCCAGUGCAAGCUGUUGCGUACACACAAUUACCUAUAUGCAGCCUGCGAGUGCAAGGCUGGGUGGCGGGGCUGGGGCUGUACUGACAGUGCCGAUGCACUCACCUAUGGAUUCCAGCUGCUGUCCACGCUCCUACUCUGCCUGAGCAACCUCAUGUUUUUGCCACCUGUGGUCCUGGCCAUUCGGAGCCGGUAUGUGCUAGAAGCUGCCGUCUACACCUUCACCAUGUUCUUCUCAACGUUCUAUCAUGCCUGUGACCAGCCAGGCAUUGUGGUUUUCUGCAUCAUGGACUACGAUGUGCUACAGUUCUGUGAUUUCCUGGGCUCCCUAAUGUCUGUGUGGGUCACUGUCAUUGCCAUGGCUCGGUUACAGCCCGUGGUAAAGCAGGUGCUGUAUUUACUGGGGGCUAUGCUGCUGUCCAUGGCUCUGCAGCUUGACCGACAUGGACUCUGGAACCUGCUUGGACCCAGUCUCUUCGCUCUGGGAAUCUUGGCCACAGCCUGGACAGUACGCAGCGUCCGCCGCCGGCACUGCUACCCACCCACGUGGCGCCGCUGGCUUUUCUACUUGUGCCCAGGCAGCCUUAUUGCAGGCAGUGCUGUCCUCCUGUACGCUUUUGUGGAGACCCGGGACAACUACUUCUACAUUCAUAGCAUUUGGCAUAUGCUUAUCGCUGGCAGCGUGGGUUUCUUACUGCCUCCUCGUGCCAAGACUGACCACCGGGUCCCGUCUGGAGCCCGAGCCAGGGGCUGUGGAUACCAACUGUGCAUCAAUGAGCAGGAGGAGCUGGGCCUUGUGGGCUCAGGAGGGACCACUGUCAGCAGCAUCUGUGCCAGCUGAGUGGGGCUUUGGGCCAGGCCCCUGGGGUUAUGAACCCUUCCUAAGGAUUUUCCUGGGAAUGUGGAGCCCUCCUGGUACCAAGAGAUGGUUGUAUUUCUUGAGGACAUGGAGCAUUUCUCAAGGACAUCAAACUCUUCCAGGGACCUGGAGCCCUUCCAAGGACAAGGGGAACUUCCUGAGGGCUUGGAGUUCUUCUGCAACCAUGAAGUCCUUCUUAAGGACUGGAGCUAUGCAGGGCAAAGAGCCCCCUCAGGACCAAGGAGUCCCUCCUAGGGGCAGCCCCUAGGAUAUGGAGCCCUCCUAUAUAGACAUAUAAAAUUACUUCCUAGGGAGACACUGCUCUGUUAGGAAUGUGGCAUUGUUCCAGAGGAAAUGGAGUCCAUCUUGGGGAAACUGAAUCUUAAGAUUUUUCCAGAGUCUCAGCAACUCUGGCCUCAGGCUUCCUUCCCAGAAGCAGCAUGUGGGCCUGUGCUGUGCUGGAAAGGGAGGAUUGUAGGACAGACAUAACUGGAACUGGGGCUGGUUGGCUGGCGUCCUGAAUUGAUGCAGGUGGGAUCUGGAGUGUCUCCAAUGAAGUAUGUGCUGGUUCUGUGCUGCCUUUUCCCCCUGGGCUCAGGGAGUGGGGAGAAGAGGAGGAGAAGGUCCCUGAGGUAAUAGAAGGGGUGAUAGGACCCCAGCCUACAGGAGCUGCUGGGAGCCUACUGUCUGAGGCUUCUGCCCUAUCAUGUACACUCCUGCAUCCCUCUCAUCUGGUCCCUGUGUUCAUUUCUAAACAGUUCCUGGUGCCUACUUUUCAAUUCCUGUGGGACCUAGACUAUAGUAACUGAGAGGUGUGUGUGUGUGUGUGUGUGUGUGUGUGUGUGUGUGUGUGUGUGGUUACAUAUAAGCAUGCAUGUGUUUGUGUAUGCUGAGAUGCUUGAAUCAAUGAGACAGACCUCCUUCAUGAUAAGCCCACACUCAUAGGAAGGAAGCUGAGGUGCCAGGAAAUUAAGUGACAGGUACAAAGUUCAGCUGUGCAAGAAAUAUCACAAGAAUGUCACUUCUAUUUUGAGCCUCCAUUUUUUUUCUGAGUACCAGAAACAAUUUUUUGUUAAUUGGGAUUUAAUAAUUUCCAUCAGGGUCAUAGCUGAGUUCUGAGGGUUUUACAAAAUGCCAAGAUAUUGAUGUUGAAAGGAGCAUUCUCUCUGGCCUCCAGAGAGAAUGGCCUCAUCCAUCCACUGAGACUUCCAUCAUCUCAUUUGGUUCCCAGUUAGCAUUCCAGAUAAGUCAUCUGGAUGAGAGAGAGAUCUUGUUCCUAUCUAUAUAACCCUUCUGGUUUGAAGGUCUGUGCCACAAGCAAAGACCUACAAGAUUGUCUAAGGCCUUUGCUAUGUGGACACCAUGAAGCCAUUUCUACUGUGGUUUUCUGAGUUUUACUUGACAAACAAGGCAUAAAUUGCUCUUUUAAAUCCUGCAGACCCACCCAGGGGCUUGGCUCAGGGCCCCUCCCUUUGGGAUCUUUUUGUGGCAGUGAUAUCACUUCAUUUCCUCUUCCUUUCUCUUCCUCCAUUUGUUAAUCUUAAGGAGAGCAUGGGGGAAGCCUUAUUGUUACUUGUCAUGUUUUCUCCCAAAUCUUUUAUCUGUGCCUUAAGUUUUUUUCUGUUCCCUUUAGGGACUAAGCUUUUGAUCCUCAAAUGCCAGGAAAAUCUCCCUUUAUCCUCUCCUCCUACAAUUGCAUCUCUUCCUUGGAGUUACUUAGUAGAGAAUGAUGUGGCCAAAUGAAUUGUGAGAAUGAAGAUAUAUGACCUUGGUGUCUGUUUUUACAUCAGAAAUUUUAUUUUAUUUCAACACUCAUUUGGAUAGAGCCAUGUUACUAGGAUGCUUGAACCCAAUUAGCUGGGAUUCAGGAUAGAGUUAGUGGAAUCCAGAAGACACUGGAGUAGGCAACCGAGGUAGGACACACCUCACUCUGCUAGGAUGGGUUGGAAGGGGCUUCUGGAAAUGAGGGGCUUGAAUGAGGAUUAAAUGAAUUUCUAUAAUGCCAAGAUGUUGGGAGAGUGUUCUCUGAGGUCGCCAAGUCCAUGUUAUAUCCCUUCCACGAGAUUCCUAUCAUUCCAUCUGGUUCCCUUUCAGUAAAAAAACUUAGAACAAAGCAUAUUCCCUAGGCUAGUGUGUGACGUGUAUCCAAUAUAUGCUAGUCAAAGGCCGUGGAGUAUUGGGAUGUGGGGGGAGACUGAGGGUGAGACACAAGCAGGAAGGAAAGAUAUUUAAUCAGAAAACUGAAGAGUGCAGUGUGUAUGGGCCAUGUUUGUUUGUGUAUGCCUAUGUGCAUAUGUGCGUGCGUGUAGUGGGGUGCUGUUGGAAUGCAGCCAGUGAUGUAGUUGGACAGGUAGGUGGGUUCUGGUCUUUGCUCAAUAGGAAAUGAGGAACUGGCUGGUGCAGGGGACAGGUUUUAGGGAGAGUUUGGAAGAUGAGAGUGCAGUUAUACACCUGUUGCACUAUUUGAGAGAGAAAUAAUAAAAACUUCUUUAUAUGGCAUCAGUAGAAAGGAGGGGACCACUUUAAGAGCUCUUAGGAGAUAGAUGGUGCAGGACUUAAUAACUGAUUAACAUGUAGGUGAUGAGGUGUGAGAGAAAGUCUAGGAUAACCACUAUGUUUCUUACUUGGGGUGGUGGUGCCACUGAGAUGGUCCCACCACUUGAGGUUGAAAAUGAUUCAAUUUUGGACAUUUUGAGUUUGAGGUGCCUAUAGGUUCUUGGGGGGAGGGGAUUAGCACUCAAACCAGGCUGGGUAUAGCACUCAAACCAGGCCUAGAGCCCUUGUCUCUCCCCUAGCUUGUCUUAUUGGUGACAGGCCAAGAACCAGACCAGCCCUGCCUUCUAUAAGGAUGGGGCUGUGGUCAGCUGUGUUAGUGCUCAUUUCACAUAUCUUUACACAGCCACACUCUUAAUUCCUGACCACUGGCAACUGCCUGUAGCAUAUUCAGCACCACAGAGCUCAAGCCCCAAUGGUGAGCUGCUGGGUGAACAUUUAGUUCAGAAAAACUGCUCCUGGGAAAGCCCUGAGGGCUAUAGAAAUUGGUAAGAUAUGCUGACUUCCAGUCCUGAGGAAACUAAAAUGGUGGUGAAAUUGUACAAAAGAAAGGAUGAAGUACCAAGGGAAAGGUGCCAUAGGAUGUAAAGAGAACAGUCUCAAAGUGCAUCAGAGAAGAAUGCAUGAAAGAGAUGGUGUCUGAGCUGGCUUUGAAAUCUCAUCCCAGUGUGACUGAGAACAGCAGGAGCAAAGACCUGGAGGUGGAGAAAGCACAGAGGAUGUAGUAAGGGGCCAGCCUGUGUGGAGGGGGAGAGGAAAUCAGGCCAAAGAAGCAGAUGUAGCCAGAUUCUGGGGAACUUGAAGACUAAGCAAAAGAAUUUGAACUUAAUGCUGUGGUGAUGGGGAACCACGAAAAAUUGUUGAUCACAAGAGUGAUUUCACAUUAAAUGGCAAAACCACU